GGAGCCUCUGAGCCCCGGGCCGCGCUAUCGGUGGUCACAGCGCCGGCAAGGAAGUGACGGGGGCGGCGCGGGGCCCAGACACUCCCCGCCGAGGGCCGCCUGCCAUGGACUCGGAGUAUUACAGCGGCGACCAGUCAGCAGAUGAUGGUGGCGCUACCCCAGUACAGGAUGAACGGGAUUCAGGGUCAGACGUUGAGGAUGAUGUAAAUGAGCAGCACUCUGGAUCAGACACUGGAAGUGUAGAACGUCAUUCAGAGAAUGAACCUAGUGAUCGAGAAGAUAGCCUCAACAAAAGACAUCAGGUGACAGACUCUGACAAUGAUGACCCCUCAAAUCUUAAUGCCAGUGACUCUGAAAGUGAGGAACUCCAGAGACAAAAGGACAGUGACUCUGAAUCUGAAGAGCAUGCAGAGCCUCCUGCCAGUGAUUCUGAAAAUGAAGAUGUCAAUCACCAUGGGAGUGACUCCGAAAGUGAGGAGACCAGGAAAUUACCUGUGAGUGACUCUGAAAAUGAGGAACUGCAUAAUGGGCAUGCAAGUGACUCAGAAAAUGAAGAUGUUAGGAAGCCUCCUGCCAGUGAUUCAGAAGUUGAAGAGCUCCCCAAAAGUCCUGUCACUGACUCGGAAACAGAAGGUGCUCCCAAACCUCAAGUCAGUGACUCAGAGAGUGAGGAACCUCCGAGGCACCAAGCCAGUGACUCUGAAAAUGAAGAGCUCCCUAAACCUCGAAUUAGUGAUUCUGAAAGUGAGGAGCUUCCCAAGCCUCGGAUCAGUGACUCAGAAAGUGAGGAACCUCAGAGGACUCAGGCCAGUGACUCUGAAAACGAGGAGCUUCCCAAACCCCGAAUCAGUGACUCAGAAAGUGAGGACCCGCCAAGACAGCAAGCCAGCGACUCGGAAAAUGAAGAGCUUCCCAAACCCCGAAUAAGCGAUUCGGAAAGUGAGGAUCCCCCACGGCACCAAGCCAGUGACUCGGAAAAUGAGGAGCUUCCCAAACCCCGAAUAAGUGAUUCGGAGAGUGAGGACCCCCCAAGGAACCAGGCCAGUGAUUCUGAAAAUGAGGAGCUUCCCAAACCCCGAAUCAGUGACUCUGAGAGUGAGGAGCCUCAGAAGGGACCUGCCAGUGAUUCAGAAACUGAGGAUGCCUCCAGACACAAACAGAAACCAGAGUCUGAUGAGGACAGUGAUGGGGAGAAUAAGGGAGAGGAUACAGAAGUGCAGAAUGACUCCCUUCCUGCAGAUGCCCAUGUAGACAGGAAGCGCUUCAACAGUUCCGACAGUGAGGAGGAAGAACCUAAAAGGGCCAAAAUUGACAGUGAUGAGGAUGAAGAAAAAGAAGGGGAGGAGGAGAAAGUAGCAAAGCGAAAAGCAGCUGUGCUUUCUGAUAGUGAUGAUGAAGAGAAAGCAUCAGCAAAGAAGAGUCGUGUUGUCUCUGAUGCAGAUGACUCUGACAGUGAUGUUAUAUCGGACAAAUCGGGCAAAAGAGAGAAGAUGAUAGCAUCUGACAGUGACGAAGAAGCGGGGAAAGAGCUGUCUGAUAAGAAAAAUGAAGAGAAGGACCUGUUUGGGAGUGACAGUGAGUCAGGGAAUGACGAAGAAAAUCUUAUUGCAGACAUAUUUGGAGAAUCUGGUGAUGAGGAGGAGGAAGAAUUUACAGGUUUUAACCAAGAAGAUUUGGAAGAAGAAAAAAGUGAAACACAGGUAAAAGAAGCAGAAGAUUCAGAUUCUGAUGAUAACAUAAAGAGAGGAAAACACAUGGACUUUCUGUCAGACUUUGAGAUGAUGUUACAGCGGAAAAAGAGCAUGAGUGGCAAGCGCAGACGUAACCGUGAUGGUGGUACUUUUAUUAGUGAUGCUGACGAUGUUGUGAGUGCCAUGAUUGUCAAGAUGAAUGAAGCUGCUGAGGAAGACAGACAGUUGAAUAAUCAAAAAAAACCAGCACUGAAAAAAUUAACAUUAUUACCUACUGUGGUCAUGCACCUUAAGAAGCAGGACCUUAAAGAAACAUUUAUUGACAGUGGCGUGAUGUCCGCCAUCAAAGAAUGGCUCUCCCCUCUACCAGAUAGGAGUUUGCCAGCACUGAAGAUUCGAGAAGAGCUCCUGAGGAUUCUGCAAGAGCUACCUAGUGUGAGCCAGGAGACCCUGAAGCAUAGUGGGAUUGGACGAGCAGUGAUGUAUCUCUAUAAACACCCCAAGGAAUCAAGGUCCAACAAGGACAUGGCAGGGAAAUUAAUCAAUGAAUGGUCUCGGCCUAUAUUUGGUCUUACCUCAAACUACAAAGGAAUGACAAGAGAAGAAAGGGAGCAGAGAGACCUAGAACAGAUGCCCCAAAGGCGAAGAAUGAACAGCACUGGUGGUCAGACACCCCGAAGAGAUUUGGAAAAGGUGCUGACAGGAGAGGAAAAGGCUCUCAGACCUGGAGAUCCUGGAUUCUGCGCCCGGGCAAGGGUCCCCAUGCCCUCGAACAAGGACUAUGUUGUCAGGCCCAAGUGGAAUGUGGAAAUGGAAUCAUCCAGGCCUGGUAUUCUUAAAAAGGGCCUAAGCCGAUUGGAAAAGCAUAAGAGGAGAUUUGCAGAACAGAAACGACUCAGCAAAGUGCACCGUGCUGUCAAGUUCAGCAUUGAAGGCAACAGGAUGCCCCUGUAGGCCGGGCCCUGCCAGAGCGUUACCUGGGAGGUAUCCCCAAGGAAGCAUGCUCUGCAUGGGCUUGAGCAGCUAGAGUGGAAACAAGUGUGUGUGUGCUUUCCUAACCAGAAAAGGCCAGGACCUCUUUAGUUCUGAAAUAAUGACUGUGCCAGGCACCCAGUGACAUUCUAGUCGUCCUGAAUAUUUAGAAAUUGAUUUGAGGUUCCCUUCCUUUAUCAGUCAGAGAAGGCAAUGGCACCCCACUCCAGUACUCUUGCCUGGCAAAUCCCAUGGAUGGAGGAGCCUUGUAGGCUGCAGUCCAUGGGGUCGCUGAGUUGGACACGACUGAGCGACUUCACUUCACUUUCGUUUAUCAAUACCCCAGUACAUAAUUACCUCACUGAUAGAUAUUUUGGUCUUUCUGCCUGGUACCCUUUUUAUUAAAAAGGUUUUUGUCAGGGCCCAGAAUCAGAGUGGCUGGUCUGCCUUACAGGCAUAUAAGCUGGUUAGUAACAUCCAGGUGGAAGGGCGGUGGCUUCCUGUUGUCAGUGGCUCAGUAACCUGCCUUUGAGGGCUCAUUGCAUAAAUCCUGACACUGAAUACUGAGGAGAUAAAUUUAACUGAUAUACAGUUGGUCGAUGGCUGGAAAUGAAGACGACCUUGGGACAUUCACAAAGCCAGACCCGCUGACCUGCUGUGCUCCCGGGUUACCAGCAGCACUCUGCUGCAGUGAACAGUUGAGAGUCUAAGUGUGUGGUCUGCCCUCUGUGACCCCUACUUGGGCAGCUGUUUCCACAGACACACUCACUUUCCUGCAGGUUCACUUUGCUACUAUCAAGACCAAGCACACAGUCUUAUUUAUUGAGAAUAAAUAAAGGGUAGAAGAGCACUGGUUCUGUGCUUAGAAUUCCUUCAUCUCUGCUUCCUUCCCUAUUUUCUCCCCACUACCCCUCCUUUUGGUCACACUUUGUGGCUUGUGGGGUCUCAGUUCUCUGACCAGGAAUUGAACCUGGGCAGUGAAAACCUGUGGAGAAGGCAAUGGCAACCCACUCCAGUACUCUUGCCUGGAAAAUCACAUCGGCAGAGGAGCCUGGUGGGCUGCAGUCCAUGGGGUCACGAAGAGUCAGACACGACUGAGCGACUUCACUUUCACUCUUCACUUUAAUGCACUGGAGAAGGAAAUGGCAGCCCACUCCAGUAUUCUUGCCUGGAGAAUCCGAGGGACAGCGGAGCCUAGUGGGCUGCUGUCUAAGGGGUCGCACAGAGUCAGACAUGACUGAAGUGACUUAGCAGCAGCAGUGAAAACCUGAAGUCCUAACCAUAAGACCACCAGGGACGUCCCCUCCUUCCCUUUUCUCUUCUGUCUAUUUCUGUUUCCCUUGAUAUCCCUCCUUCCCCUCCCCACCACCCCUGUUUUUCUUUACCUUUACUAUUCUCACUGUCUGUUCCUUUCUUUUAUUCUUCUCUUUCAUACUAUAUUUUCUUCCCCAGCACACUUAUUUUAGAAAAUCAGGAUCUACAAUAGGGCAGAGAAAAAUGUAAUAAAAAAUCGUAGUGGCCAGUCUUUUUUGGAAGGGCAUGUGCCUGUCUGCUGGUGUUGAUAGUUUGGAUCCCACCCUCCCUGUAGGUGUUGGGGAGGUGCAAGAGGUGGCCCGGCCUUCUCCUAGACUGCGACAUGACCAGCAUGAGGAGAGGGAAGUUCAGAGUUCUCCUUUGUCCAACAUUCCCAAGAUCAAAAUGGACUGUUACUUAUCUUGGCCUGUCUGGCUUAUACAGCUCUGUCCGAAAAAUAAUAAUAAGGCAUGUUUUGGGAGGUGGUCUCGUAGCUAGCUCAGUUGUUAAAGGAUCUGCCUGGAAUGCAAGUGACCCGGGUUUGAUUCCUGGGUUGGGAAGAUCCCCUGGAGAAGGAAAUGGCAACCCACUUCAGUAUUCUUGCCUGGAGAAUCUCAUGGAUGGAGGAGCCUGGCAGGCUACUGUCCAUGAGGUUGCAAGAGUCGGACACAACUUAGCGACUAAACUACAAACCACCACAUCCCAUGUUACAUUUCACUAAUUGUCCUGACACUGUUUCCCUAUUAAGAUUCCUUACAUAUUCCCUCAAGACUCUCACACUGUACAGACACUAAUGAAUAUUACUGGAAAACAUGCUUCCUAAGAGAAAACUGGAGUGAAUUAAUGGCUUUCACAUGAAAUUCUUUUUGUUUUAAGUGUAAUUUUAUUUUUGAAAUUACAUGAGUAAAUAUACUGUAGAAUAAACCCCCUUCCCCAAAGUUCUAUUCUUCCUCCAUGUAAAGAAGCACUGUUAAUAAUUUUGAUGUAUUAAAUGUAUUUUCAGUAAUGUUUUAAACUUAGUUUUUCCUGCUUAUAAUUGUAGAAAAUUUUGAGAUUAUAAAAAGGAAAAUCACUCACCACUCAAAAGCAAUUUCACAAAAAUUUUGUCUUGUUUUCUAUUGAUAUUUUAAUAUACUUAAAAUUAUAUUUAUAUAAUUUUGAUCACUUCCUCACAUUAAACCACCUUAUAUAUUUAUCAUUUGUAAUGGCUGCAUAAAUCUAUCAUGUAAAAAUAUAUUAAUAAUUUGUUCAUUCUUCUAUGGUUUCUGAUUUUUCACUUCUAAAUCAAUAACCUGCACUACAUUGUAUGUUUAUAUGCUAAUUUAUUCCAUGGAAUGCUUUUAAAAUAACAUUUAAAUGACAAAGCAGUGCAUGUUUUUAUAUAAAUCUUUAAAUACAAAAAGCACAAAUAAACAGUGUCACUUGUAAUCCCACCACACCUUAUAUUAACAUUCUGGGUUAUUUCUUUAAUCCUUUAUAUAUGUGUGCAUAAACAUAUUAUUACUGGUUUGGGGUUUCUUUUGUUGUGGUGGUAGUGUUUUAACUUUUAAACAAAAUUGUGAUCAUUUUCUUUUAUACCUUUUUAGGUUUGUGUUUUACUUAACAUGGUAAAAAUUCAUUUGAGUAAACAUUCUUCAGUGACUAAAUAUUGUAUUAUAAUAUGAUUGUACCAUAUUUUUUAAAGCAAACCCAUCUUGCUAAUCUUUUAGGCUACUUUUGAUUUUUCACUGAUAAAGUGGUGCAGCAAUUCAGUUUUACUCUCCUAGGGUGUAGGGUUAAGAAAUCAAGAGAGAAGUUAUUGAAUUUGACAUGCCAGGUACUCAGUUUUGUGUGUUUUCAGACUUGGGGUAACCAGGCAUUUGCCAGCUACAGGUCUUAUUAUCUAUAACAAGGAGUAGAUCAGCGCAGCCUUGGCAUGUCCCAGUUGCUGAGGUUAGAGGGCUCAAAUUCUUACGGAAUGUGCUGGGAGUGGACAAGAAGUCCAGGCUGAUGUGUAGAGCUGCUGGGGGUUGGGCAGUGGGCAGAGAUCUGAGCAGAUAAGGCUUCCAGUGUGCACUGACUGCAUAUACUAAAAAUUGGGGCACAUUUUCUGAAAGGAAGUCAGAUACUUGGGACUGUCCAGAAAUCUGGGGUAUUGCAUAGGGCGAUAGUUCUUUCUCGUCUGAUAAUGAAUUUUUACACCCCCUCACAGGGCUAGUGCCAAAUACUAAAAUUGAUGUUAAUAUAAUAUUUGUAAUUGGGAUGUACAUAGAAAAUCUAGGAUGGAUAUCAAUGUAGCUCUUAUUCAAGAAUGAUAUAUUAGAGAUCCUUGCUUAUAUCUGAGGUAGAAGCUGAAUCUAAAGGUGAGAUAAGCCUAGGAGGGGUUCCCCAACUCAAAAGAACUUCACCACACUAGUACCAGCCCUAAAGUAUCUCCUAGUCUCUACCUUAUUUUAGCAUUCUUUGGAUUAAGCUUCACAGGCGAUUCAGUAGUAAAUUUCUGGGGAAAAGAACUAAAAGACCUCAUCUCUUUUUAACUACUCAGCAUUCAUGAAGAUUGGGAUUGCUGGCAUUACUGUAGCAAACAAGAGGUGUUUUGCCGUGAUCCAACAUAAAUGGCAGACCUUUUCAGCAUUUCUUAAAGGUGUCAACUUCUUGGAGACCACACUUUUUCGAGACCUAACAAUCUUUUCAAAAUACAGAAAAAGUUACCUAACAACAAAUCUUUAACCAUAAAAGGGCAAGUAGAAAGAGAAUGCAAGAAGUAGGAAGCCCCUUGGAUCAAGAGGCUUAAUUUACUUUUCUUUUUGUGUCAAACUGAUUGCAAAGUGGUAGUAAUAGUAGUCGUAGCUGAUGUUUAUUUUGAGCCCUGAUUGUGUGCUUGUAUUUGUUAUUAUUACCUGAGUCACUUCUCCCAGCAGUCCUGGAAGUCGUUCAGACAAGGGGCAUCAUUUGCACAGGGUUAUAGAACCCUGACUAUUUCUAAUCUGAAACUAGAGCUCCAGCAAGCACUUAGCAGUUCUGAUCUCAUUCGUUACGCUUAGGGUUUUUUGUCGAUGACUUUCCUUGCCUUAGAAGAUCAUAAUUUUUUACGCCAACACUGUUUGAACUUGUGUAUGUCAAAUGGUCACCUCCAUAUGUGGUCUUUGAAAGGGAAAAGCAUACAGUCAAAAUGUAAUCUGAUGAAUUAGUUUCAUUCCUCCCCCGUUUCUCUCUCCUAGCAAAUUUCUGUGGACUUAAGGCAAAACUUAAAAAUACGGCACAGAUAACAACAAAAUUAUUCUUCUCUGAGAGAGCUUAAGCAUUUCUGACACUGCUGUGUAUACUUGCUCUGUUGUUCCUGAGGUCACCAAAGCUUAUUCUGGUUAUUCCAGAGCUGGGAACUCUUCAGUCUGAUGACUUUCAGAUAAAAGAAGAUUAAAGACAAAACUAAAUGUAUGUAUGUAUCAGUAAUUUGCUGUUUAACUUUUACCCCACUCUUAGUUUCAGGGGACCUCCAAGAAG